AAAACGUCGUAAACAAUCAUUUUACUUAAAAAAUGGCGCCUUUUUAUUCCCAAAUUUCCCCUCCCUUCGAAACCCUAAAUUUCCCCCUAAAAUUGGUAUCCUCAAAACUUCAUUUUCACACACACCGUUUUCAUCGGUUUACCUUGGAACCCAUACGAUCCCUUCCCCUUCCCCUUCCCCUUUCCCUUUCCCUUUCCCUUUCCCUGGUUUUGAAAAACCCAUGUUCCAUUUCCUUAAACUUAUCAAACAGCUUCAGCAUCCUGAUUCCAAGAUGAAAGCUUUGAAGGAAUUGGAUUUGUUUGCGGUCAAGAAUGAAAGAAACAGGAAAUACAUGGUGGAAGCUGGGGUGCCUAGAGCUAUGCCGUCGUUUAUUGUAAAUUGUUUCAAGGAAGACUGCGUUAGUGGCCUAGAGGAAGCCCUAAGUGCCCUUUUCUUAAUUCGAAUUCCAUCGGCUGAAGCAAAGUUGUUACCCAAACAAAAUGAUCAGAUUAUCAAAUCAUUGAUCUGGGUAUUAGGAUGUGAAUUCAACACCCAGGUGGAUAACCUUGGACGCAUUGACCUUAGAGGCCUACUGAAAGUCACUGCAGGUUAUGGAAAACAAGUGUCUCUAUCUAUUUUACAUGGUGAUAAAGUAACUUUCAAGCAAGCAUUUCAACCCGAGAAAAGGGAGCUACGAAUAUCAUCAAGUAUACCUGAGCACUGCCUUGCUGGUUCUACACUGGAAAAUAUAAGUUUUGAAGUUAUAGACUCGAAGGGGGAUGUUGAUGGAACUUUUCAUGAUGAUGAAAAGUGUGGCCGGUUUCAUACACUGGUAGUUAAGUCGGAAUCACAUCAAAUAGAUGAUUCCAUUCACUAUGCAUUCAAGCAUGGCCGCUGCAACAUAGCUUCUUUACCCCUUCCUCAAACUGAAGGGCCCCUUUUCUUCAAAGCUUUUCAUUCUCGAUACACUGAGCUAUAUUGCGAUGUCGAGGUUGGAAAAAAAUCUUGUGCCUACCAGGUUAUGGUUAACUUUGAUUUUGCAGAUUAACAUCACACAUGAUAAAGUUCCCCCAAGUUCAGCCUUUGUUUGUAAAGGCAAACCCCCCAACUUGGUAGAUUCAUAAGUUAAAAAAUUGUCCUUUGGCAAUUAGAUUUAAAUAGCUCCCAUUUUAGUGUAUUGAUGAAACUCAUGAGAGGUAGAUGCUAUUUCUGCUGUGCUUUUCUAGAAGCAUUAUUGCUAUUAAUACAAGUUCCAAAUAUUAAACUUCAAUGGUUUCUAAAAGUAGGAGUUACUAUUUAAAUUGUUUAGAAUUUUAAUAUUUAAUUAAACUUAAAUUAAAAAAAAAAGAUUGUCUAUUUUUCUGUGGAUCUGCUUUGUCUCCUGAGGAAAAGGUUAGAUUAGAUGAAACUCAUUUUUCUGUUGAGUAGUUAUCUUUUUUAAUAAUUAUAUCUUUGACUUGCGUAUGUGUUUUAUUGUGCUGAAAGGUAAACUCGUAUACUGAUGAUAUUUUUGCAAGUACUGAAAUUUCUCAUUAAUUGAUUCUUUUUGGUGUUAAAAGUUUCAUGAUUGAUGAAAUUAGUCUUGACAACCAUGGGUGUUGUGAUGGUCCUAAAACUGGCAAACUCAGGGUAUUGGAUAAUGCACCAAAGCUUUUUGAUUAUUUGGCAGAGGGUUAGUGAAGCACAGGAUAUAGCCACAAAAUUAGGUGGACAAGUCAUUGGUCACACAUGGCUUUUAGAAUCAAUUGCAGCAUCGUUUAACUAUUCCUAAAAUUCUACAAGAUGAAUGGUUCAAGAAAGGGUACAAGCCACCAAAAUUUGAGCAAGAUGAGGAUGUAAUCCCCAGCCAUAGAUGAUUUGGAGCUGCGAAGGACUCGGAGGUGGCCUCAUGAAUACUGUUAUUAGGAUUUGAUUUUAAUUGUUUUAAAAUUUCAGUUUGGGUUUUUAUUUAUGUAAUAAGGCCAUUUAAGAGUUUUAAUUUUCCUAA